AUGGCAUUCCUGGAUGCACUCGACUUGAAGCUUCAAUGCACUGGCAAGCUUGGUGAAUAUGCAGCGUGUCAAUGUGAUCCAUCUGUCGGCGAGUUUUCAUGCAUCAACGCGCAAUUCGUCGAUACAAACGUAUUCUUGGAAAUUGCCAAUAAUUAUAGAAAUCUCAAAAGUGUCACAUUCCAUGGAAACAAUUUCCAAGAUUUGCCAAAGACGCCAUUUUUUGGAGCGAGCUCGCAAGAUAGCUUGUUGAAACUGAAUUUAUCGGCAAAUUACAUUGUCAACCUCAAUGGAAAUGCAAUGAAACAUAUGCCGAACCUUCAAGUGCUCGACAUUUCCAACAACGAAAUAGUGUUCCGUCCAAGGGAUGUCGAUUUUCUGACGCACACCCCUCAUUUAACACAGCUCUACAUGAGGAGGGCGUUUACCGUCACAAUCAACCGCACCCAGCAAUUCGAAUUAAUGCUUGAGAUGUUCCGAUUGGCUAAAUUAGAGUAUCUUCAGAUUCUCGACCUCUCCUAUAAUUUCAUUCACAAUGUGCCUUAUGAAUUGCCGUGUCCGUUUCCGUCGCUUCAAACCCUCGAUUUACGACAAAACUUCUUGAAAAACUUUGUCGUUAAUGCGAGCUGCAUAAAGGAAGUGAAUACAAUAAACUUGGCACGAAAUCAAUUCAACACGAUACCGAAGAGUUUCCAAAUGCUUGCCGACAAAGGCAAACCGCACACGUUUAUUCUAAAGAAUCAAUUCUAUUGCGACUGCAACAGCAAGGAUUUUAUCGUAUGGAUUCGAUCGACGAAAUCGCUUCGCGACAAAUCCAACAUGUUCUGUGAUCGGGCGAGCCCCAAAAUCCUGGUUGGCACAAAGAUCCUCGAUGUUCCCAUCGACAAAUUGACGUGCGACGAGCCAUUGGUGACGACCUCAACAAACGCGAUCGGUCUCCUGACCCCGAUUCUCCUAAUGUCGAUCCUUUCCCUUUCUGAACUAAUUUUUUAA